AGAGGAGGGCUUGGAAAAAGUGAUUCCUUUGUGACCGCUCCAGCCAGAUUGGGGGGAUGCUCAUUUGCAUCUCAUUAGCCAUGCGGCCGGCGAGAUAUAAGGCGGGCAGGCGCCCGACCGCAGCCAGAUAGAUCUGUGGAGCGCGACAGAGCAAGCAGGCCUGACAGCCAGCCCGAGCAAAAGACACCCCGUGCCUAGGAAAGGAGGAAGGGAGCAAGGAGGAGAGAGGGAUCUCUGGAGAGCGUACAAACACUCCGGCCUCACCAGUCCUGUACUUGAAAACAACAACAAUAAUAAACUUUCCCCCUUCCUUUUGGGGCUUGGAUUCCUUCAAGGGAAGAAAAAACACACACCUACUGUUGACUGCAGGGGAAGUGGCGACCAGAAAACCCGGGGGGGCUUUGAAGACGAGCCCCAGCACCGCGACACAGCACCGCAAUACACGCCCGUCGACCGCCACCCCCGUUCGCCUGAAGCCGCCGGGAAUUAUCUCCUCCUGUCCCCCGAGGGAUUUCCAGAUCGUUGAUUCUUUUAAUCUGCUUGGGAAGCUUUUUCUCCGCCUCUGGGAAUUAACUGGCUUUUCUCUCCUUUUCCUCUCCCGGCUGGAGAAGAGUGAAGCGCCAGGCGGCCGCCAGGACAGUGGGGAGACGGGCGAGCAGAGGGCAAAAGUUGCUCCUGGAGACUCUUGAGAGAGAGAGAGAGAGAGAGAGAGAGAGAGAAAUUGCCUCCCCGAGAGCUGUCAGUUAUCCAAAGGGCGUAUCUACCGCUGCAUCGACAGAAGAAGAAACAGCACGGGUGAGAGAGGCUCGCAGAGAACAACCCUUCAUUUGCAAGACCCCUCCGACCACGCUGGGAGACGAGGCUUCUCCUGCUGCCCGGGCUCCUCGACAGACCCGACCCGACGCCUGGGGCUUCCCCUCUCCCGCCUCCCUCCCUCCGGUUUUCUCAGUCGACAAGAAGAGAAGGGACGAGAAGGGAAGCAGCCCGACUCUCUCCACCCCCGACACCCCCCUCAAGAUGGGCGGCCGGUCCGCGUGGGCUCUCCUGGUCUCCUGCGUGCUCCUCUUGCCCAGCCAGGUUUGGAGCUCAGGCGUGUUCGAGCUGAAGCUGCAGGAGUUUGUCAACAAGAAGGGGCUUCUGGGCAACCGCAACUGCUGCCGGGGGGGCGUCGGCGGGGCCCAGUCAAGCAGCGGCUCGGCGUCGGGGCUGCAGCAGUGCGACUGCAAAACCUUCUUCCGCGUGUGCCUCAAGCACUACCAGACCAGCGUUUCUCCGGAGCCGCCCUGCACCUACGGCAGCGCCAUCACCCCGGUCUUGGGAGCCAACUCCUUCAGCGUGCCUGACCACGCCGCCAGCGGCGACCCCUCCUUUAGCAACCCCAUCCGCUUCCCCUUUGGCUUCACCUGGCCGGGCACUUUCUCCCUCAUCAUUGAAGCACUGCACACGGACUCUCCUGAUGACCUCAACACAGAGAAUCCAGAGCGCCUCAUUAGCCGCCUCGCCACCCAGAGACAUUUGACUGUUGGUGAAGAAUGGUCCCAGGACCUGCACAGCAGUGGCCGCACUGACCUCAAGUAUUCCUACCGUUUUGUGUGUGAUGAGCACUACUAUGGUGAAGGUUGCUCUGUCUUCUGUCGCCCCAGAGAUGAUGCCUUUGGUCACUUCACCUGUGGAGAGCGUGGGGAGAAAGUCUGCAACCCGGGCUGGAAGGGGCAGUACUGCACUGACCCAAUUUGCUUGCCCGGAUGUGACGAGCAUCAUGGAUAUUGUGACAAGCCAGGGGAAUGCAAGUGCAGAGUUGGCUGGCAAGGGCGUUACUGUGAUGAAUGCAUCCGGUACCCAGGUUGCCUUCAUGGCACCUGUCAACAACCUUGGCAGUGCAACUGUCAGGAGGGCUGGGGUGGCCUUUUUUGUAAUCAGGAUCUCAACUACUGUACUCACCACAAGCCUUGCAAGAAUGGUGCCACUUGCACCAACACCGGUCAAGGAAGCUACACGUGUUCCUGCCGCCCUGGCUACACUGGCUCCAACUGUGAGAUUGAAAUCAAUGAAUGUGAUGCAAACCCCUGCAAGAAUGGAGGAAGCUGCACUGAUCUAGAAAACAGCUAUUCCUGCACUUGUCCACCUGGGUUCUAUGGGAAGAAUUGUGAGCUGGGAGCAAUGACCUGCGCAGAUGGCCCCUGCUUCAAUGGAGGCCGAUGCACAGACAACCCAGAAGGUGGCUACAGCUGCCACUGCCCAGUGGGUUACUCUGGAUUUAACUGCGAAAAGAAAAUUGACUAUUGCAGUUCUAGUCCCUGUGCUAAUGGAGCCCAGUGUGUUGAUCUUGGGAACUCUUACAUAUGUCAAUGUCAAGCUGGAUUUACUGGAAGGCACUGUGAUAGGCGAUAAUGUGGA